CGAAAAAUAUAAAAAUAUUGAAUAAAAUGCCUGCAAAAUCACGAGCACAGCUCAUACAUGGUGGUCUUCUCCUUCUCAUUUCUUCUCUGUAAAAUAAUCAAAAAUAAAAAAAAAAUCAAAUCCUACAAUCUCAACUUUCAUCAGAUCCAUAAUCAGAUCCGAUAAUUUUCCUUUUUUAAUUUUUUUUUUGCUCCGAUUUGAAUCUGCAUUGUGUGAUAAUAGAAUUUGGGAUAACGGAAAGUUUCAAAUUCGUGAAAUUUUCCGAUCUGAUCAUUGAUUCGGUUGUUUUUGCGAUGUUUUGAGUUGUAUUUUUUGGUGUUUUGAGGAUCGGCAUUGUUUGUGUUUAUCGUGAUUUUGUUGCCAACGUUGAGGAAUGGCUUCAUUGUCUGGCCUUAGCGAGGAGCUUGGGGAAAUCGAGGGACAAAUUUCGGAUAUUUUUCGAGUGCUUUCAAAUGGGUUUCAGAAAUUGGAGAAGAUUAAGGAUUCGAAUAGGCAGAGCAGGCAGUUGGAGGAGCUAACAGGAAAGAUGCGAGACUGUAAGAGGCUUAUCAAGGAGUUUGACAGAGAAGUAAAGGAUUUGGAAUAUAAAAGUGACGCAGAUACCACCAAGAUGCUGAAUGAGAAAAAACAAUCAAUGAUCAAAGAGUUGAACUCUUAUGUUGCUCUGAAGAAACAAUACGCAAGCAAUAUUGAGAACAAGCGAGUAGAUCUUUUUGAGGGUCCUAGUGAAGGGUUUGCUGAAGAGAAUGGCUUGCUAGCUUCAAAUAUGAGCAAUCAACAGUUGAUGGAUCAAGGAAAUAGGAUGAUGGAUGAGACAGAUGAGGCCAUUGAGAGGUCAAAAAAGGUGGUUCAUGAAACUGUAAAUGUUGGAACCGAGACUGCUGCAGCACUGAAGGCACAGACUGAACAAAUGAGCCGGAUAGUCAAUGAACUAGACUCAAUCCAUUUUUCAAUAAAGAAGGCUACACAGUUGGUCAAGGAACUCGGUAGGCAGGUUGCAACUGAUCGUUGUAUUAUGGCCUUGCUCUUUCUGAUUGUGGUUGGGGUCAUAACAAUCAUUAUUGUGAAGAUUGUAAAUCCGCACAACAAAGACAUCCGGGACAUCCCUGGAUUAGCCCCUCCAGCACCUAGUCGACGAUUACUUGCUUAUCCUUACUGAAAUCUCGAAGCCAACCAUAUUCACAAGGGUAAUGCAUUAUUUACUUCCCGGCGGAUUUACUUGGUUUUUGACUUAAGAACAGAGAGUGGUCUGAGCACACGAGCAAGGCAAGGGGUGAAGGAGAAAUACCUGGUUCAAAAAAGAAGAGUCUCCCUUCUUCUCUUUGGUAAUGAUAGUUUUCCAUUCUUUGUAAUGUUUAAUGGGAUAGAUUUAUAUGAUAUUUGUUUGUAUGAUUAUUAUCUCUAAUUCUAUGGAGGAAAAUUUGAUCUACACAAAGCUUUGGCACUGGUUGAUUUGUGCAUAGACCAGUAUUGUAUAAUAGCAUCAUUAAUCUUUAUUAUACUAAUGAACCUCUUUUAGUUAUUCUUCAA